GGCAGCUGAACACGAGCAUCCCUUCUACACACGCGCCUUCAUCUCUUCUCACAGUCAAUGGAUUACACCUUCUCCAUCAAAGUGCAGCGCCAUCUGACCGUGUACCAGACGCACUUACACGAGGACUACAGCUUAGAGUUACAGAUGAAGUCAACAGAGGUGGAUCAAGGGCUUUUCACAGACAGUUACUGCAAAGUGUGCAGCGCUCAGCUCAUCUCCGAGUCACAGAGAGUGGCACAUUAUGAGAGCCGGAAACAUGCAAACAAAGUGCGUCUGUAUUACAUGUUGCAUCCAGUAGAUGGGGGUUGUCCAGCAAAGAAGCUCAGAACAGAUGAUGGAAGUGAGGAAGGAGAUGUGGAUAAGAACAAGUGCUGUACACUGUGUAAUAUGUCCUUUACUUCAGCUGUGGUAGCGCAGUCUCAUUACCAAGGCAAGAUUCAUGCAAAAAGGCUUAAACUUCUGCUGGGAGAAGAGCCUGCUAUAACAGCCAAAGAGGUGCCACCUAGUCCUGUGAAAACAGCCUCGUCAGAAGUCUCACCUGUGAGCUCGGGCCGUCAGCACCGGGACUCUGACCGCUACUGUCAGCUCUGUAACGCGUGGUUCAACAACCCUGGAAUGGCACAGCAACACUACGAUGGCAAAAAGCACAAGAAGAAUGCAGCACGGGCAGAUCUGCUGGAACAACUAGGGAAAACUUUAGACAUGGGAGAAAUGAAAGGUCUAAAACGCAGCUACACAUGUGACGUCUGCAGUGUCACGCUGAAUUCAGUGGCACAGUAUCAUGCACACCUGCAGGGCUCAAAGCACCAAAACAACCUAAAAAGUCCGGUGUGUGUCCAGUGAGCCAAUAGGACAAACAGGAUGAUUGGAUUGAUGUCAGACAAGCUGUGAUCAGCUUGCCCAGGAUUUUCUGCCUCUGUUCCUCCCUUUAUCUCUCUCUCUCUCUUACUCUGUCCUUCUUUUACUCUGUUGUCUUACUCUCAACUUGACUACGAAAGAAGAUUGAAGAUCCUCUUAAAGUCAGCCUUUAGUCAUUCUGAAGCUUCCCAGCCUCCUCGUGAUUCAAACACAGACAUCAGGCUCUGAAUCUCUGGAGGAGAAGUGACUUCAUCCAGCGACACCCAUCUGGUUUAUUCUGUUAUCGCGCCAGACGUUUAUAUAGCUAAUCUCAGUCAGUUGUUGUGUGCAUGACUGAAUACUGUAAUUGUGGUCACUUUCUCAGCUAAGCAAUAUCUGUCCAAAAAGAUCUGCCAAAUUGAUCGUUAAAAUCAUAACAGAAAUUAGCAUAAAAAGAGAAUGCACUCUAUAGAAACUGCUGUCCACAUUUUACUUUGUCUUAUUUUUAUGCACUAUUCGUUGUUUGUGUGCAAACAGUAUGCAUAAUACAAUUAUCUAUGUGUUCUUGGCCUAAAGAAUAUGGGCAUUUGGGGCAGAGUUCGACAAAAAAACGAAGUUUAUUAGAUGUGUUUGUUGUAUGUAUGUGUGCUCUGUAGGUAGCUGUUUGAUGAAUGGGAACUUGGGAAUAUUUGUAAGCUAAUGUUAUAGCCUAUUCAGAUUUCCAAUCUGGUUUUUAAUACAUUUUUGAAGUUUUGAACAGUUCUAAACUAGGAUCAUAAAAGAAUGAUCAAGCAGCUAAUCGUUCAGAUGUCCGACACUUAUUUUAUGCCU